UCAUAUUGUACCAUAGAUUUAAUAGGUGAAAUUUUCGCUUGUUGUCAUUAAUUUUACGUGUGUUUUAUAUUUAAAUAUUAUUGACUAUUUUACCCAAAUUUUAUAGUGAAACGUCCAAAAGAUUUUAAAAAAUAAUCUUUCAUCAUGGCGAAAAUGGCAUUUCAACACCAGGCCGGAACGGCUAUGGAGUGUCUCAGUAUACCAAUAACUUUACAAAAAGAGGCUGGGGUAGACGCUGAAGGGCGGGAAGUUAUGAAAUGUGGCUUCAAAAUCGGUGGUGGAAUUGACCAAGAUUUUCGUAAAAGUCCCCAGGGAUACACUGAUAACGGCAUUUAUGUGACAGAAGUUCAUGAAGGAAGUCCAGCUGCUAAAUCAGGUUUAAGAAUGCAUGAUAAAAUCUUACAAUGCAAUGGUUAUGACUUCACUAUGGUAACACAUAAAAAGGCAGUUAGUUACAUAAAAAAACACCCUGUUUUAAAUUUGUUGGUAGCAAGAAAAGGUGUUACAUCAACAUAAUCUGCCACAUCAAGAUAAGGAAUAAAUUAUCAUUCUUCAGGAUAAUUGGUUGAUGGAGACAACAGGAAAUCCACUAUGAAGAGCAAACUGACUUAUUUUUAUGAAUUCAGUUAAAGCAAUAAGUAAAUCUAUAAAGAUAAAAAAUAUGUUUUAAAAUUAUGUAUAUAUUGACUCUUGAUAUAGACAUUUUACAAAUGCUAUAGCAUUGUUAGUUGGCUAUUCCUGGUGGAGCCCACACUAAACUUAAGUAUUAUAUAAACAAGUGAUUUUAUACAGUUAUUUAUUUUAUAAAUGUAAGGAUUAUGUACUUUAUACAUAAAUAUUGUGUAGUUAAGAAAUUUGGUGAAUAUCAAAUAUGCUGAUACAGUUAAUCACUGUCUGGUAAAUGUACUAUGAAUAGUACAAAACAGUUUGCUAGGAGAUGGUAUGUUUUACAAGUGAGUUACCAUUAUCAUUUAAUAAUUCACUAUAAUGUACUAUGCUGACAUAGACACAAUUGUUUCCACUUUUUUAUAAUAUAGCAAAACUAAUUAUCAUUUAGUUGAAAUAUGAUUUUCACCUAUUUACUAUUGUUAAGUAUAAAAAUUAAAAAUUUAUUAUUGGUUGUAUGUAAAUCAUUAUCUUGUUAAUGAGUUAUGGUAUGGUACACUAGUAUAUUGGUACUUGAAAUUUUAUAUGAACAUUUUUAUUGUGAAAUCUACAUUUCAACAUUAAUGUGCUGUGCCAAAUAUUAUUAUUAUAGCUAUCUAUAUUAUAUACAGAGUCCACUAUAAAAAUACAUAGGAACUUAUACAGUGUUAACCAGGCAAUAUAGUAACUUGAAGCCCUAUGAUCAUAUUAAAAAAAACUUAACAACUUUUGGCAAGAAAAAUAAACCAAUUGUAUAAAUAGUAAUAAUAAGUGACACACAAUCACACCAAUUGUGUCAUUCCUAAACUAGAACAACACAAUAUGUGUAACCUGCUGCUGUAUUAUGGUCUUUGUAUACAUUCUAAAUUUUGAAUCUUGCAUACAAGUCAAUCACUAUAUGCUCAAAGUUUGUAUUUAUAAUAAAUUUACUAGUGUAAUCUUUUGGAGAAAAUGACAAAGAGUAUUUAUCUAUCUAUAUAUACUCAAAGCAAACCACAGGUUUAGAUUAUUUUCACAUUUCAACUCAUGUUCAUUUGGAAAAAUUGUUUUAUACAUACUAUCUUUGUGUUUCAAGCUAAUAUAUCCUGUAUAUUCGUGUUAAUUUUUAAUUAUAUGAAUUAUUUCAUAUAAACAAAUCAAAUAUUAGCCAUACUCAUUAUAAUAUGAAUAUAUUUGAAAAUAACAAAAUCAUUACUAUUUAUUAUUAUAAAUACAUAAAGUUUACUCAUAUUAAAAUAAUGGACUCUGCAUGCACUUAAAUGUACACAUUCCAAUAUUUCCAAUUCGCUUUUAUUAGUGUGACUAAAUAAAUACCUAUUUGCACAUUUUCAGUCAGAUUGUAUCUUGAAGUAAUGAACCAAAGAGUUAUACUACUAAAAUAAACCUUAACAACACAUAAGAUAAACUAUUACAUUACCUAACUUUCAAUAAAUGUAAUAAUACAAAGUAAACGAUGUAUGUACUUAGUAUUUUUAAGGUCCAUUUGUAGGAGAAUGAAUGUGCAUUUACAAUUUUAAAUACUCUACUAAAUUAAUUAUAUUUUUUCAUUAAUUAUUUAAUAUAAGGGAUGGACUUAAGGCUAUAAUUUAUAUUUUAUUUAAGGCCUCUGGAGCAAUGUCAUAAAAAUCACAUCGAGAAUAAUUUAUAAAUAAAUAUUACAUGUUAUACUAA